CAAUGGUGGUAGCUCAGUUCGCUUUCGUUCCGCGUUGCGCGAGGAUCGUCGCGUGUGCUUCCUGUCGCGAGUCGUCGUUCCGCACGCUGAUCCGUCCACAAGGAGGGAGGAAGCUCGCCGCCCAUCCUCCCUUCCCCAUUCUUCUCCCCAUCUCAUCAGAGGAAGCUUUAACCGACGAGAGGUUUACGGUGUGCGGCUAAGACGAGCGGACCUAAAAUAAAGUCAUCCAUUGAUACACGACGUUGUGCAUCGACGCCGCGGCGAGUGUUCAUAAGGUGCGUGUAUGAGGUUCUUGCUGGUAUUCCGUAGUGAAGUGCUUCAUGCUCUCGGGAUAAACUUCGCGCGUGAUCGCGGAUAGAGCGGAGAUCAUGUCGGCGAGAAGUCAUCCCUGGUUCAUCGCGUCGCUCCUGCUCCUGCUCGGACACGUUCACGAAUCCCGGCAGCUGAUUAUCAAGAGCGUCAACGUGCCCGCCAUGGUGAAGGCCGACGACACCGAUUUCGUCGUCCUAGACUGCGACUACGACCUCGAGAACACGUCGAGCACCGGCCUCGUCGUCAAAUGGUUUUUCAGCACCAACGAGCUGGUUUACCAGUGGAUUUACGGCAGGAACCCUCAGGCGAGCGAGCCCGCGAGGAAAUACGUCGACUUAACGUACAAAGCCAGCGACGAUCCGUACACCGAGUACCGAGCUAUGAAGCUGAAUAAGCCGGGCGUCGAUCUUACCGGCGAGUACACAUGCGUGAUAUCCACCUUCGAGGAUGAGCGAACGGCGAACGCGUCGAUGGUAGUCUACUCGACCGAGGAAAAGUUUGACCUCGUGUACAAGAAGAAGGCGAUAGAUGAUAAAGACGGAGUCGAAAUAACGUGCAAGGCCGAGGGACUUUAUCCUCAACCGACCCUCGACAUCUCCGUCGAGGGUAUGCAGGAGAAGCUAGGGAGGAAGCCCACCGUAACGCUGCGUGACGAUGGACUGUACGAUAUCUUAUCGCGCGUGGCUUUAGUGGACGAAGAUUUACCGGAAGCGACGAUUGUCAAAUGCUUGCUCGGCAUACCGAAGGCGACCUACAACGUUUCCCGCAAAACCGUCUAUUACGCCGGAACGCUCACUACGACAUCAACUACCACAACGAAGCUGCACCGUAAAAUGGAGAUCCAGGCCUUAGACAAGUCAGAAUCUGAUAAUAGUAGUGGUAACUUCGCCGGCUACGCGUCAAUUAAUCUUCCGCUAUUGUGUGUACAAUUGGCCGUUCUCAAUGUGUUCCACUGAUAAUUUAAUAGAUAGAUUGCUCCGUUCUACCCCGAUGAAGAUCCGUGUGUGAUGGUGUGCGUGCAGAAAAUCGUCGGCUGCGCGUCGAACACUCCGCGUGAGGCGUGAAGCGAAAGAUUCUCACACGAUCAAGGUCGAGCCGGACACGAAAGAUCCGCAGUAUUGCCUCUCAUCUUCGUUGCUUGUUAAUAAGGACAUUAGUUGUACAUUGUAAUUACACACACAUAUAUAUAUAUAUGCGAUACAUCACUAUUCCGGCGGUAAUCGGCGUUUAAUCGAAGCGAAAUGAAAUUAACGAAUUGUUAAUAAUUGAUUCGCGUGAAGGGACGACGUGAGAGGAGCUGGCACAGUGGGGCUCCUUUGAACUCCGGGGAACAUCGUUUGUGUCAACCCCGUCUUAACUCCUUCUCGCUGGAACUUCUUUGAAAAUUUAACCGAGCAUUAUUUCGUUUUAUGAGACUGCCGACUUUCGGUUUUGAUUUGGCUCACCGUGAAGUGAAUUUUAACUUUCAAUUGUAGCUUAAUAUCAUACCCCAAUUAGAACGGGAAGCUAAGUUUUCUUACCUGCCAAACUCAUUUGCUGAACUCAAUUUGUUAAAGCAGCGCGCUUAAUUUUUCACCGCUCGCAAGCCGGGGAAGCUAAAUAUAUUCGCGUCGUCACUAUACACACAUUUUGUUCGCGUUACCGGUUUUCAGUUCUCCGAAGUCAGUCAGGGAAGAGUAUUCCGAAGGCUCUCUGUGCGUGCGCGCGAUAUUGGAAUUUCGGUUGUUGCAAAUAAUAUGCAGUUGCAAUAAUAUUGUUGAAACUUUCCAACUUGUUUAUACGGGAAACGCACAAACGAUCGGCGACUCGAAAGCGGCGAGAGCGCGAGACUAAUUCGAAAUUAUCUUUCGAAGCGCGUUUCGUUGAGACGCUUUGAAUGAGGACGACGAUUUAAAUUGUAUUUAUUUAUUGGACUUGUGUGUAAAAAAAAAAGGAGCGUACGGUCGUAUACCUGAUUAGCGAUAAGCUUGCGGCGAAGUAGCCGAAAAUGCGUCUCAUCUCAUCGGCUGUUUAAGCUCUUUCAAACAGCCGACGAUAUUUCCGCGCGGCCCUCCUAAUAAAUCGAGAAUCAUUUCGCCACAAUCGAGAUUCGAGAACGCCGGCGACGAGAGAAACGCAAUUUCUCGGACCGAGCCAAUUAAUGGAGCGACGACCCGACGGCCGUUCGAAGGGCGAAAAAGAAGAACGGACGACGACGACCCCACGCGGUUUCUCGUUACUUCACGGAGACACUUCGCGGAUGCAAUGAACGACGUUGAACGACGUACGAUCAGAGUCACAAAGUGCAGCGCAUACGAGAUAAUGAUGAGGAUGAUCGAAUGUAACGAACUUUGAGAUAGAAUGUUUGGCAGGUUGUUCUGAGUAAAAAGUGUCGUAUGAACGUAGGUCAUGUUCUCGAUACUUACGUGAUGACAGAAAUCUUUGCCGCUAUCAUAGUAAAAUCACAUGUUUGAUACACUUGAAAAGAAGAAAAGUGAUAGAAUUAACGAAAUCUUGCUUAAAAAAGUUGCAAGGCUCGGUGUCAUAUUUUCAGCAGCGCGCACAUCAAGGAGGCCACUUGUAAAUUUGGUAUUUAUCAAGCGAAAUUACGUUCUUUAUUUUAUCUAUUUAAAUAACAGAUGUUAAUUUGAAACAAAUCUGAGGUAAACACAUUUUAUACGCGAUUUUAUACAUAAUGUUACAAAUACGGAAAUAUUAUUAAUUUGUACUUUUCUUAUUACCCUUCAAUAAUUCUCCGUGUUAAAGUGACGCAAAAAUUUCAGUGGUGUCUAGCAUAAAAUUUUUACCGUGUACAUACGACUCAGUGGGUUCACACGACACAUUUCUUUACUCAGAAUGACCUCCCAAACGAUCUGUCCAAGUUUGUCAUACUCCGAAUCGCCUUCAGUUACAGCAUUUAAUUAAUUAAUUCACGAUCACGGAUCUGGUUUCGGUAACCGAUAGUUUCCUCCGCGUGUUAUGUGGAUCGUCACAACGAGCACGGAACGUGCUUUACACCGGUUUUCAUUUGUACACACCAUCAGAGACAUAUCUUAUGCGAAAUGUCUCGUGAAAAUAUGGCCUCUCUUACCAAAAUAACUGUCUCAGAGAAGCAAUAACAGCGCGAGUUUCUCGUUAUUUUGUCGGUAAACCGAGCGCGCACGCGCUUGCUUGCUCGCUCGUGGAGUCGCCGGCUCGUCGCGGCAAAAUUCGACGAAAAGCAUUUCGGAAAGCGCGCGACACGAAAAGUAUUCGCGUGCAUUAGAGAGUAUCAAAUAGACACGCCCUCGUAUUGAGUAAACACACAUACGCACAUACACACACAGAUAUUGUAACACAUCGCGUAUCGCUAAUGUUUGCAAUCAUCGCUUCCGGGGAGAGAGUAUAACGUGUUCUUUGAAGAUAAAUAGAAGUACGGGGCAGGCUUCCACGUCGCACAUUCUUACAUUCGUACGCUUUCGCGCAACCUGCACAAUCUAUUCCGACCUAGUAUCGCUACGAGAUAUAUAUAUAUAUAUAUACAUACACUGUUAUAUAUAUAUAUAUAUAUAUAUAUAUAUUAUAAAUGCGCAAACAUUUCGUAGAGCCCGCUGCUCCGUGCGGGCGGCCUAAGAUGGACUUCGCGGCAGUAUCCCAUUGUUUAAUGGAUUGUCAUCCUCUUGUCUUUGUCUGAUAGGGACAGGAUUGAUUUUUAUUACCGUCACACCGUGUUACUACGUUAUCCGAGAGAGAGAGAGAGAGAGAGAGAGAGAGAGAGAGAGAGAGAGAGAGAGAGAGAGAGAGAUCCUCAUUUUCGACGACAUCAGCAUCUGUGCGCGAAUGCGUGAGCACAUAGAGUAAGAAAAGCACAAGAGAAGAAAAGAAAAGAAAAGAAAACGAAACGUUCCCGUCGACGUUCUUCUUCGAGCGAUAAUACAGUUUUAGAAUGUAAAGCGGGGUCUGUAAUGAGAAUUUAAGCUCUGAGCCUUGAGAAAUUGACCAACCGUAGUUCGAAUGUGAGGAGAAUAAUCGGUCUAUGAUCGGUCGAUUUCUUCAGGAUUAGAGCUUAAAGCACCUAUUGUAGACCGGGAGAUUUAGGGAGAAGUUGUUAGACGUGUGACGCACGUCGUUGCACGCAUAGCAGGUGUCGCGCGCACGUGCAAUUCAUCCCCAAUAGCGUCCGUCGCAAACGAUCGGACCGCGAGAGACAUGACGGACUAACACUCGUCUAGUUUUAAAAAUCGAAUUUACAGGCGAUAAGGUACAUCUACGUUUUAGCAUACAAAAGUAUACACACACGGUACUACACAAGGAUAUCAAUUCGCGCGAGUUGUAUAUAAAUCUGUACACUAGAGAGCGAGAGAGAAAGAGAGAGAGAGAGAGAUACAUGAUACAUUUCGUUGUGCAGGUGUAAUAAAACAAAUAAAAACAAGAAAAAAAGAAGAAAAAGAAAAAAAAAGAAAAAAGACUGGGAGAACCCGGUAAGCGGGAAACGCUCAAAUCAAUUUUCGGAAACAUUGAUUUCACGCGUAUUUCAGAAACAUUUCGCGGAAACAUUAUUUUUAACGUUUCGACUAAAUAUCGUUAACAAUGACGUUGUACGCAACAUUAAGACCUACAUACUUGAAGGCGUGUUACGUGUUACAAAAUAUCAUUGUAAUAACGUUGCAUUGAUGAUUUUUUGCUUACUGGAAAAGAGGUGGUGGGGGGAGAGAGGGGGAGAAUUUUUCUGACCAAACUGCGUAGUUACGUACGUCGUAAUCGCGUUACUAAUUGUAGCGUCACUUGAUAAUUUAAUCGUUUUCACACGGAUGCGAGAUAUGAUGAGGGAGGGAGCCCGAUGAUGGAAACGAGCGAGACCCGAAACUCUAGAGGAAAUCGCUUCGAAAGGUAAAUCGGUAGCUGCGAGCGUGCGGGUCGUAACUUGCGGAACGCAGCGGUCUGCCUGGAAUUCUCCGCGUGGAAUUCAGUCCCGACGAUAACGUCAGUCGUUCGUCGCAGGAAGCGAUAUUUCUCGAUAAUUUCGUGAUAUCGUUGAUAUGAUUCCGGCCAAGAACGGCCUCACGGGACUUACUUGCGCACUUCCGUAAGUUCAAGAGAGACUUUUCUUCGAUGGGAAAAAAAUAUGUGUACAUAUUAUUCCGGAGCGGCUCUCUCUUUCUCUCUCUCUCUCUCUCUCUCUCUCUCUCUCCCUCCAUCUUCCUCUCUCUUUCGUUGGUUUCCUUGUGGCGCCUUCGUACGCGCGUAGGAUAAACUCAAAUUUGCUUUUCAAAUGACAAUAUCUUAAUGUGUUAAGUGGGAGAAAGAAAGAAAAA